AUGAACGUGUUAUGGUGGAUACACCGACCAAGUAGAGUCUUCAAGUCAUUUGUAGCAAACCGAAUCGGAGAGAUCCAAUUAUCAAGCAACCCUAACCAAUGGAGAUACGUGCCAACCAAUCACAAUCCAGCGGAUGUUGUCACGAUAGGAUUAACAGUUCCAGAACUUGCCGAAAAGAUUUCAUGGUGGGAAGGACCGAGUUACCUCAAAGAGAAACCAUCAGACUGGCCAAUAAACAAGAUCCCACAUGCCAAUGCAUCUGAUACAGAAGUAAGGAAAACAAAAAGGUGCCAGCUAGACACCUGCGAUAAAAGAGGCAGAACGAUGGUGGUUAUCAAAGGAGAAGACGAACCGCGCUUAGAACCAAAACGUCUUUCAAGUUGGUUGAGACUAACCAGAAUCCAAGCAUGGAUUUACCGCUUCCUGAACAACUGCUUACUUCCAAGCAGUAAACGAACAAGGGAUGAGCUGACUGUCGAGGAAAUCCAGGAUGCUGAGAACAGGAUUAUUAAAGCAGCACAGAAAAGGGCAUUUGAAGCAAAGUAUUCAGCAUUAUCCUCUGGAAAACCACUUCCCAUCACCAGUAAGUUACUUACGUUAAAGCCAAGACUGGACGACGACGGUGUGAUGAGGUCAGAUGGCCGAUUAGAGAAUGCCGAGUACUUACCAUACGAUGUCAAGUAUCCCAUAAUAUUGCCUAGAAAAGAGUGGGUAACUAGGCUGAUAGUAAGGUGGUUUCAUCAGCAAGGAAAUCACACAUCAGGGACAAACCAAACGUUAGCAAUGCUUUCGUCGCGUUUCUGGGUAAUGCAAGGUCGAGAAGAAAUUAGAGAGUGCGAAGGAGAAUGUUACGAAUGCCGAAGAAGAAAAGCAAAGGCAGCUCAGCAAAUCAUUGCACCUCUACCAAAGAUCAGGCUUAAGAUGCCGCUUCGUGCUUUCGCUCGCACAGCAGUUGAUUUUGGAGGCCCGUUUAUAACAAUCCAAGGAAGAGGACAGCGUAGAGCUAAAAGAUACCUUUGCCUGUUCACGUGCUUAACUUCAAGAGCGGUACAUCUGGAGAUUGCAUUUGGUCUCGACACUGAUUCAUUUCUCAAUGCGUUUUAUCGAAUGGCAAGUCGACGAGGGCUUCCAGAAGAAAUGAUUUCGGAUAAUGGAACCAAUUUCGUGGGAGCCGAUCGAGAACUACGAGAGCUGGUAGAGAAACUAGACAAGAACAAGAUUGCAAGUUCAACUGCAAAUAGAGGGGUAAAAUGGCAUUUUAACCCUCCUCUGGCUCCUCACUUUGGGGGCGUACACGAGACGAUGAUAAAGGCAGCAAAGAGAGGAAUAUGUGAUAUAUUAGGAAAUGCUGAUGUAGGCGGAAAGUUCGCUCCUGAAUCCGUAGACGAGACAGAUUUUAAUCUCCGAAAAAGAUGGAGACGCGUUCAAGAACUAGUUCGACAUUUUUGGAACCGCUGGAUGCGAGAAUGGUUACCGAGGUUAAAUGCAAGGAAAAAGUGGUUCAAACAAGGCAAAGACUUAAAAGUUGGCAACACAGUAUUAGUAAUUUCUCCGGAUACGCCACGUGGACAAUGGCCGUUGGGCAGAAUAACUGAGACGAUUCUUGGCAAAGAUGGCCAUGUGAGAGUUGCUAAAGUCAGGAUUGGACAGAAAGUCUUUGAAAGGCCUAUAUCAAGAUUAUGCCAGCUGGAGUGCGAAAUAGACGAUUGA